CCACAUUUUCUCUAACCCUAAUCCCCAAAUCGAUUUCUCUCCCGACAAACCCUAACCCUAACCCUCGAUUUCUCUCUCAAUCCUUCAUCAAAUCGAACCAUUUCUUCUCAAUUUUUCAUCCUACAAACCCUAAUCCCUCUCAGUCUCUCUGAUUCUCUCUCAAUCUCUCGCAAUCUCUUGCAAUCUCUCUAAUUCUCUUUUGUUCCUCUCCGAUUCUCCUUCUUUUCUUCCAAUUUUCAUCAAUCUUCAUCAAUCUCUCUGAUAGCUCCUCAUGUUCGCGGUGGAAAAGGCAGAGGAAGAGGAAGAGGAAGGGGACCGAAGUCUCCGGCGAAGCGACCCACUGUCCCAAUAUGACUUCACGCCGGCGAACCCUCAAGAUCCAAUUCUAGAUACUGAGCAAAAUCCGAUUCGCCAGCCUUCAUGGGGUCUGAGUCUGAGAGAUUAUCCACCUCCUCAGCAGCUUUUCUUGUCCAGCGAAGGAUCUAGAUCUCCUCGAGGCUCUGGAUCUCCUCGAGGCUCUGGAUCUCCUCGAGCCUCUGGAACGACUCCGUUUGGAGCAUCCGGAUUGACACAUGUUAGAGGGUCUGUCUCCUCUGUUCAUCGGUUAGCCUCCGGAUCUCCUCGCGCAGUUCAGUCUCUAGCGCCUAUUCAGUCUCCAGCGCCGGUUCAUUCUCCAGUCGUUAAUCAACAACGACCACCUCUUCAGGUACCAAGAGCCUCUGUGUCUGGUCACAGUUCUCAAGCUCAAAACGUAGAGGAUGAAGAAGAUGAAGAAGCUGAAGAUGAAGCUGAAUCGGAGGAAGAAGGCCGUGAGCUCUAUACCACUGUCAUCUCUCCGACAUUAGAGCCUGGAACGACUUGGUUUGGUAAGGAUAAUGGUAAGCUGGCCCGGAAGAUCACCAAGUGUUUUACAAACACGUUUGAUGGAUCAUACUACAGUUGGAGCUGUGUGCCAACUCGAAUAAGAGAAAGAUACUUCCUUGAAUUCGCGAAACAACACACCUUGCAUCCCUCACUGACAGGUGUGGUUGAAGCUAAAUUCUAUAAGAUCAUUCAACUGCGUACGAAAGACAUGGUUAGUAAGGCAGCGACAAAAAGAGAGAAGCCGUAUUGGAUUGAGAAAACUCUGUGGAAAGAGAUGUGCAGAGGAAGAGGAAGAGGAAGGGGACCGAAGUCUCCGGCGAAGCGACCCACUGUCCCAAGUCGAUCCACAUCUUCUACUGUGUCGAUUCGAAGACCUAGAAGCCUUCCCUCGCAGUAUGACUUCACGCCGGCGAACCCUCAAGAUCCAAUUCUAGAUACUGAGCAAAAUCCGAUUCGCCAGCCUUCACGGGGUCUGAGUCUGAGAGAUUAUCCACCUCCUCAGCAGCUUUUCUUGUCCAGCGAAGGAUCUAGAUCUCCUCGAGGCUCUGGAUCUCCUCGAGGCUCUGGAUCUCCUCGAGCCUCUGGAACGACUCCGUUUCGAGCAUCCGGAUUGACACAUGUUAGAGGGUCUGUCUCCUCUGUUCAUCGGUUAGCCUCCGGAUCUCCUCGCGCAGUUCAGUCUCUAGCGCCUAUUCAGUCUCCAGCGCCGGUUCAUUCUCCAGUCGUUAAUCAACAACGACCACCUCUUCAGGUACCAAGAGCCUCUGUGUCUGGUCACAGUUCUCAAGCUCAAAACGUAGAGGAUGAAGAAGAUGAAGAAGCUGAAGAUGAAGCUGAAUCGGAGGAAGAAGGCCGUGAGCUCUAUACCACUGUCAUCUCUCCGACAUUAGAGCCUGGAACGACUUGGUUUGGUAAGGAUAAUGGUAAGCUGGCCCGGAAGAUCACCAAGUGUUUUACAAACACGUUUGAUGGAUCAUACUACAGUUGGAGCUGUGUGCCAACUCGAAUAAGAGAAAGAUACUUCCUUGAAUUCGCGAAACAACACACCUUGCAUCCCUCACUGACAGGUGUGGUUGAAGCUAAAUUCUAUAAGAUCAUUCAACUGCGUACGAAAGACAUGGUUAGUAAGGCAGCGACAAAAAGAGAGAAGCCGUAUUGGAUUGAGAAAACUCUGUGGAAAGAGAUGUGCAGAGGAAGAGGAAGAGGAAGGGGACCGAAGUCUCCGGCGAAGCGACCCACUGUCCCAAGUCGAUCCACAUCUUCUGGUGUGUCGAUUCGAAGUCCUAGAAGCCUUCCCUCGCAGUAUGACUUCACGCCGGCGAACCCUCAAGAACCAAUUCUAGAGACUGAGCAAAAUCCGAUUCGCCAGCCUUCACGGGGUCUGAGUCUGAGAGAUUAUCCACCUCCUCAGCAGCUUUUCCAGUCCAGCGAAGGAUCUAGAUCUCCUCGAGGCUCUGGAUCUCCUCGAGCCUCUGGAACGACUCCGUUUCGAGCAUCCGGAUUGACUCAAGUUAGAGGGUAUGUCUCCUCUGUUCAUCGGUUAGCCUCCGGAUCUCCUCGCGCAGUUCAGUCUCUAGCGCCUAUUCAGUCUCCAGCGCCGGUUCAUUCUCCAGUCGUUAAUCAACAACGACCACCUCUUCAGGUACCAAGAGCCUCUGUGUCUGGUCACAGUUCUCAAGCUCAAAACGUAGAGGAUGAAGAAGAUGAAGAAGCUGAAGAUGAAGCUGAAUCGGAGGAAGAAGGCCGUGAGCUCUAUACCACUGUCAUCUCUCCGACAUUAGAGCCUGGAACGACUUGGUUUGGUAAGGAUAAUGGUAAGCUGGCCCGGAAGAUCACCAAGUGUUUUACAAACACGUUUGAUGGAUCAUACUACAGUUGGAGCUGUGUGCCAACUCGAAGAAGAGAAAGAUACUUCCUUGAAUUCGCGAAACAACACACCUUGCAUCCCUCACUGACAGGUGUGGUUGAAGCUAAAUUCUAUAAGAUCAUUCAACUGCGUACGAAAGACAUGGUUAGUAAGGCAGCGACAAAAAGAGAGAAGCCGUAUUGGAUUGAGAAAACUCUGUGGAAAGAGAUGUGUCAGUAUUGGGACACUGAAGAAGCAAUAGCCAAGAGUUCAACCACAUCAGCAGCUAGGAUGUCUGGCCGUAAUGGUCUUGGUCCUCACAAGCAUGUUUCUAUUCGAAAGUCUUUCUUACAAGUAGAGCAAGAGAUGGAAGUUGAAUUGGGAAGACCUCCUACUAUUGGUGAAGACCUCCUACUUUCAGGAAGCUAAAGGGUUGCUUAAUCAUUUGUGUUGCCAUGUUUGCUCAAUGUAGCACUAAGUCAGAGUCUUAAUAGUGGAUACUGAAAUAGAAUUGCAUCGGUGUUUCGUUGGGAUCUUCAUUGAAGGAUUGAUAUAUGUUUAUUCCCAUAACCUUUGAGUAGAUUUAGCUCAAAGAUAAAAGAGUCGUCUUUAGUACUGAAAUGAUUGAGCUUUGAGGUCUAAUACAUGUCGAAGCGUUUGAAUCCUUGAAUUGAUAUCGAUUCUGAUAAUAAAAAUUGAAACUUUCU